CAAGAGCAAGACCCUCGAGCCAAGUGGCAGUGUAGAAGUAUAUUCUCGGAUAUAGAAGAUAACUCUUAACAACUAACAUGAAUUGCUUAGCUGGAAUUCUGAUGCUGGCCAUCCUUUUCUUGGUUCCCAGCACUAUGGCCAGCUCAUCACGCUUUAUUGAAUUGCCAGAGAGUCAGUCCAUCGUCGAGAACGAUGAUGUUGUAUUUAACUGCAAGGCAACGGGAUCUGAAAACGAUUUUCGCUAUGAAUGGUUGCAUAAUGGCCAGUCCAUUGUGUAUGACAAACGCGUCUAUCAAACUGACGGCUCCAAUUUGCAUAUCGAGUCGGUGCAGCGGGCCGACGAUGUCGGGGACUAUGUGUGCAUAGCAACGAGUGUGGCCAGUGGCGCCAGGCAGGCCUCUCCCCCCGCCCAACUAAACGUGAUAUUUCUGGAGUCGGCCAGCGUUCAGAUGCUGGGCAGCAAUCGCAACGAGCUACUACUCAAGUGCCACGUGGAGGGAGCCUCUGGGGACGGGCCACUGCAGAUCGAAUGGUAUAGGAACAGUGCCAAGCUGAGCAGCUGGCAGAAUGUAGAGCUGCAGCAGCAUCGGCUGAUCGUGAGGCAACCGACAGCCGCCGACGAUGGACUCUAUCGCUGCAUUGCCUCCAAUGCAGCGGGUCGUGUGAUGAGCAAGCAGGGCUAUCUCUAUCAUGCCAGUGCAUCGAAAUGUCUGCCACGUCUGAAAAAAAAUCAAAAACUGCCCGAGUCUUGGAGCAAAGAAACCUUCCUCUGCCGCGGCAAGCGAGGCGGCUCUCUCGAGCAAUCUCUACCAGCGCCACCUGAGGGCUUACGCAUUGUGCAGGGACCUGCCGCCCAAAUAACUGUCAAGGAGGGCGAACCAGCUGCCCUAAGUUGUCUCUAUGAACUGCCCGCCGAGCUACUUAAUGAACGCGUACAACUACGUUGGCGCAAAGACGGCAAACUACUGCGCCAAGUAGAGCUUGGCGUCCCCAUAAUUGCCACCCAAGAGUCCAGCAAGGAUGCAUUGCUUCGUGAAGAUGCUCGCCUUGUGCUCCACAAACAAAACGGCACCCUAAGCUUUGGCAGCCUCAUUGCCAGCGAUGCGGGUCAAUACGUCUGCCAAUUGCAGCUGGAGGGCCACUCUCUGAUCUCAUCGCCUCCUGGAGCACUGGAGAUAAUUGAGCAACUUAAGUUCAUGCCCCAACCGACAUCCAAGAAUCUGGAACUGGGCAGCGUGACCAAGGUUCACUGCAAGGCCCAGGGAACGCCGUCACCGCAUGUCAAAUGGCUGAGCGAAACGGACAGCAGCACAUUGCCCGAACACGUAGACGACAUCAAUGGCACUUUAAUCUUUAGAAAUGUCAGCGCUGAGCAUCGUGGCAACUACACGUGCGUGGCCAGCAAUGCUCAGGGCCAAAUCAACGCCACGGUGGCUAUUAAUGUGGUUGUGGCACCCAAGUUUAGUGUGCCGCCUGUGGGCCCCAUUGAGACAUCGGAGCAAGGUGUGGCCGUAAUUCACUGUCAGGCGAUAGGCGAUCCACGCCCUACCAUACAAUGGGACAAAGACUUGCAAUAUCUGAGUGAGAACAAUACGGAUCGCCAGCGCUUUCAUUUUCUCGAAAAUGGUACUCUGGAAAUCCGUAACGUGCAGGCGGAGGAUGAGGGCCGUUAUGGUUGCACCAUUGGAAACAGUGCAGGUCUCAAGCGUGAGGAGGUACGGUUGCUCGUCAAGGGCAGCGGAGACACCUUUGUCACUGAGGAGUCCGCUGGUGAUGGCUUUCUUGUCACACGUGCCGUGCUUAUUACAAUGACCGUAGCCUUGGCUUAUAUCGUGCUGGUCGUGGGCCUGAUGCUCUGGUGCCGUUAUCGUCGACAGGCGCGCAAGGCCCGCCUCAAUGAGCUGAGCACAAAGGAAGGCGGCGCUGGCGACCCGGCCGAAUUGGGUCUCAACGGCAAGGCAGCCGAGCAUGAGCCUUGCCUGCCCGAGGGUGGCAAGACUAAGCAGCGGAAUGGAAGCAAGCCCCGAAGUGGUGGGGGCAGCGGUGAUGCUCAGAAGUCUGACGAUACUGCCUGUAGUCAGCAGUCGAGAGCGUCCAAGAAGUCCUCACAUAUCUACGAGCAACUUGCCCUGCCGCGGUCCGGUCUCAGCGAGCUCAUACAAAUUGGACGAGGCGAAUUCGGCGAUGUGUAUGUUGGUAAGCUGAAGGCAUCUCUGGUCACGCCGUUAAGCGAUACGGACAAGGAUGCGGACACGGAGAAGCACAGCAGUAGCGAGAAUGGCAGUGGCGCUAGCGGGGCUAGCACGACAAUGAGCACGCUUAACGAGAAGCGCCGCUCGAAGACAUCCAUGGAUGACAUUGAAGAGAUCAAGGAGGAAGAACAACAGGACACGAGCAGCAACGCUGAUCAACGAUUGGUGCUGGUCAAGGCGCUGAACAAGGUAAAGGAUGAGCAGGCCUGCCAGGAGUUCCGUCGUCAGCUCGACUUGCUGCGCGCCAUUUCUCACAAGGGCGUCGUCCGUCUUUAUGGAUUGUGUCGCGAAAAGGAUCCUCAUUAUCUGGUGCUUGAAUACACAGAUUGGGGUGAUCUAAAGCAGUUCCUGCUGGCUACUGCCGGAAAGGUGAACACAGCGACUGCAACCAGCUCCACACCUCCACCCCUGACCACUAGCCAAGUGCUGGCUGUGGCGUAUCAGAUUGCACGCGGAAUGGAUGCCAUCUACAGGGCACGCUUCACCCACAGAGACCUGGCUACUCGUAACUGCGUCAUCUCCAGCGAUUUUAUUGUAAAGGUGUCCUAUCCAGCUCUUAGCAAGGACAAGUACAGUCGCGAGUAUCACAAGCAUCGCAAUACGUUGUUGCCCUUACGUUGGCUCGCACCCGAGUGCAUACAGGAGGACGAGUAUACCACCAAGAGCGACAUCUUUGCCUAUGGGGUCGUAGUGUGGGAGCUCUUCAAUCAGGCCACCAAGCUACCGUUCGAGGAGCUAAGCAAUGAACAGGUGCUGCAACGUGCACAGACGGGUGAACUGAAGUGGAGCGUCGCUGAGGGCACACCCUCGUGCCUCAAGGAUAUUCUGCUAUCCUGCUGGUUGGCCAAUCCAAAAGAACGUCCAUCGUUCAGUCAGUUGGGCGCCGCUCUGAGCAAAGCCAUGCAAAAUGCUUAGCUUAACUGACGACACAGUGUUGGUAAACGAUGGAAAACUGUUUUGCUGACUACGCCAAAUAUAAUUCAUAGCAUAGGUAUUUCGAUCAUUUUAAUGUAAUUUAACUUAAAUAAGUGCUGCGGACAUCAUCUUCGGCGCUUCAAAC